UAGAUACGUUGCUCAUCCCUGAGAUGCGCCAUAAUACUACUAUUGGGCUUGGGAUACAUAUGUAUUUCAAUCUUAAAUCCUACUUUAUUUUAUUUAAAAUGAGUUUAUUAGAAGGUUUAAAAAAAUCCAAACAAAAUUUAAAACAUUCUCAAACAAAAGUUACACAAGCUGAUGGUACAAGUUACAUAGAAAAUUCUGAAGGAGAUAAAACAUUUCUCAAAUCCGAAUAUGGUUUCGUGGUCGAUACAAAACCUGACACAACUCCGGCAGAAGUGGUGAACAAUUUGUUCGUGGGAUCACAAGAUUGUGUGGAUGUAAAAGUAUUACAAAAUCAUAAUAUAAAAUAUAUUCUGAGUGUUGGAAUUCCGUUACCGAAUAUAAAUUGGAAUGAUCUGUCGUACAAAAUAUCUUCAAAGUUUGUACCAUGCUUAGAUUUGCCGGAAACAAGAUUAUUAGACGUUUGUGAAGAAUCAAAUUUAUUUUUAAAAACUUGCCUGAAGAAUAAUGAUGGUGGAAUUUUAGUUCAUUGCAAUGCUGGAGUAUCAAGAUCUGUUUCUGUAAUUAUUGGAUAUAUUAUGCUGGAAUUAAAUUAUAGUUUUGAGGAUGCUUAUAAAUUAAUUAAGGCUGUUAGGCCUUGUAGUCAACCUAAUCCUGGUUUCAUUCAGCAGCUGAAAUUGUUGAAAUAA